GUUUGUCAGUCAGGGGUCAGAGUCUACGUGGUGAGGUUUGGAACCACUAACCCGGUUGUACACUUAUCACCAUGGUUGAGACCCGUAGUGGGACGGAGACUAAUCCCUACACCCUUGAGCAGCAAGCAAAGAUGGCCGCCUUAGUGAAAGAGAACAAGGAGAGAAAAGAGCGCGAGAAGCAGGCGAAGCUAAAGGCUAUCGCAAAUGAGCAGGCGGCGAAGAUGAAGAGAUUGGAGGAGGAGAUUAAGAGGGUACAACAGGAGGAGGAAGAAAGAAGGAAGGCUGCUGAAGCAGAAGCGACAGUAGAAGAAGAGAAAGAGAGAAUGAGAAUUGAGAGUGGGGAAGGGAGUAGUGGUGGCACGAUGAAGUGGGAGACAGAUACUGAGCUGGAGAAGAGGAUCAGCUAGUGGGUCGCUAAUUUAUCGUUGGGGGAAGACGAGGAGGCGGAGUCAUAUGUGACUAAGGAUGAGAAGGCUGCGCUGGCCGCUGAGCUAGCAGCCAUGACAGAC